AUGUCUGGCAGGUAUUCUUUGCGGCAGACGCCGAGGAAAAAGGAGCUUUUCGAUGGCAUGAUCGAGACGCCCGCCCGUCGCAGCAUCCGUCGCAAGACCCCGUUACCACCCGAGUCCGACGACGCCGAAUCCACCUCCGCCUCAGAAGCCAUGGAGGCCAAAUCGGUGCGCCAGCGCCGCGCGCCCAAGUUCACCGAGCAUGUCGGCGAGCCCACGCCCCCCGAGUCCCCCGUCGAGCGCGAUGUGCAGCCCUCGACCAAGGCCGCGCCCACCCAAGCCAAUGGCGCGGCGUCCGAGGGUGGUGGCAGCGCUGAGGAGAAGAAGAAGAAGAAGGUGGUCGACGGCUGGGCGCCCGGCACGGACCCCAAGGUGGACCUGUCGGGCGAGUACGAGUUCGGCGGGCCGUGGUUCGUCUCGCUCAUGAUGGUCGGCUUCCCCGUCCUGAUGUGGUACAUGUGGAUCGGCGCGACCGCCUACGACGGCCGCUUCCCCACGCCUGCGCCGGGCCAGAGCUGGGCCGACUUCGGCCGCCAUCUCGUGCACCUCGUGUACACGGGCGCCUUCCCGCACGCCAAGGCCUGGCUCAUGUACUGGACCUUCUUCGUCCUCGAGGGCGCCUUCUACUGCCUGAUGCCCGGCGUCUGGGCUUACGGCAAGCCACUGCCGCACGAGGGCGGCCGGCAGCUCAAGUACUACUGCUCCGCCUACACGUCCUUCUACACCACCAUCGCCCUGGUCCUCGGCCUGCACUUCUCGGGCCUCUUCCCGCUCUACACCAUCCUGGACGAGUUCGGCCCGCUGCUCAGCGUGUCCAUCAUCUCGGGCUGGCUGGUGGCCAUCGUGGCCUACGUGUCGGCGCUCGCGCGCGGCGCGCAGCACCGCAUGUCGGGCAACCACGUGUACGACUUCUUCAUGGGCGCCGAGCUGAACCCGCGCAUGUUCGGCAUCCUUGACUUCAAGAUGUUCUUCGAGGUGCGCCUGCCGUGGUACAUCCUGUUCCUCAUCUCGCUGGCGGCGGCGGCGCGCCAGUGGGAGCGCUACGGCUACGUCUCGGGCGAGGUCGGCUUCAUCCUGAUGGCGCACUUUCUGUACGCCAACGCGACCUCCAAGGGCGAGGAGCUGAUCGUCACCACCUGGGACAUGUACUACGAGAAGUGGGGCUUCAUGCUGAUCUUCUGGAACCUCUCGGGCGUGCCGCUGUCCUACUGCCACUGCACCAUCUACCUGGCCAACCACGCGCCCGAGGAGUACCGGUGGAGCCGGCCGGCGCUGGCCGCGCUCUACGUCAGCUACCUGUUCGUCUACUGGGUCUGGGACAGCGCCAACAGCCAGAAGAACCGCUUCCGGGCCAUGUCGCGCGGCAAGCUCAUCAAGCGCAACACGUUCCCGCAGGUGCCCUGGCAGACGCUGCACAACCCCAAGACGAUCGAGACCGGGCUCGGCGACAAGAUCCUCGCCGACGGCUGGUACGGGCUCGCCCGCAAGGUGCACUACACCUGCGACGUCUACUUCGCCGUCACCUGGGGCCUCGUCACCGGCUUCAAGAGCCCCUUCCCCUGGUUCUACCCGGUCUUCUUCACCGUCAUGAUCGCCCACCGCGCCUGGCGCGACAUCACCCGCUGCCGCGAGAAGUAUGGCGACGCCUGGCGCGAGUACGAGAGGCAGGUGCCGUACCUGUUCAUUCCGUAUGUCUUCUAA